AAUGGCCAUCAGUAUCAAAGUUACAGUGAUUGCAGUCAGAAUGUUUGCAACACCUCUCAGACAGCCAAAUGUGCUGACCCAGAGCCAAAAGAUGUCACCCGGCAUGGAUGGUCAUGAUAAACCCUAUCAGUACGAGAUCACCGAUCACGGAUACGGCAAGGAUGCGGUUAAGGUUCUGCAUGUCAGUCGCAAGGGACCCGUGCACACCAUCCAGGAAUUCGAAGUGGGCACUCACCUGAAGCUGUACAGCAAAAAAGAUUACUACCAGGGCAACAACUCGGACAUUGUGGCCACCGAUUCGCAAAAGAAUACCGUAUAUCUAUUGGCCAAGAAGCACGGCAUCGAGAGUCCCGAAAAGUUUGCCCUUCUCCUGGCCAAGCACUUUAUCAACAAGUACUCCCAUGUGGAGGAGGCCCAUGUGCAUGUGGAGGCCUAUCCCUGGCAGCGGGUUUGCCAGGAUGAGACCAGGACCACCAUUAAUGGCAAAUGUGAGAAGGGAACCGCGGGUAGCUGCGACUUCAGUUCGAUCGACGACCGAUCACAGCACAAUCACGCUUUUAUUUUCACACCCACCGCUCUGCACUACUGCGACGUGGUUGUGAGGAGGUCAGAUCCCAAACAAACCGUCAUCACUGGAAUCAAGGGUCUCCGAGUCCUGAAGACGACCCAGUCUUCGUUUGUAAACUUCGUGAACGAUGAGUUCAGAUCUCUGCCGGAUCAAUACGAUCGAAUUUUUAGCACUGUGAUUGACUCCUCCUGGGAAUAUUCCGACACCGAAAGCUUGGACUUCUUGAAGGCCUGGCAGACGGUCAAAAACAUAAUCCUCCGCAACUUUGCCGGCGAUCCGCAGGUGGGCGUGUCCUCGCCCUCCGUUCAGCACACCUUGUAUCUGAGCGAAAGAGAGGUCCUGGAUGUCCUGCCGCAGGUGUCGGUCGUAUCGAUGACGAUGCCGAACAAGCAUUACUUCAACUUCGAUACGAAGCCGUUCCAGAAAAUCGUUCCAGGCGAUAAUAACGAAGUUUUCAUCCCGGUGGACAAGCCACAUGGCACUAUCUAUGCCCAGUUGGCCAGGAAGAACAUCAAUAGCCACCUCUAACUCCGAUCUAUGAAUUAGUUAGUCUCAAUCGAAAUUGCAUUAAAAUUAAUAAAAUAUUUAUAGAAUUUGAAA